AUAUCCCGCUGUCAGUGGGCAUAAUGGAGCCUCGAUCCCACCCUAUGCACCUCAACACCAUCGAGUUUCUCUGGGAUCCUGUGAAGAACGCUUCUGUUUUCAUCCAGGUCAACUGCAUUAGCACUGAGUACCCCAGGAAGCAUGGCGGGGAAAAGGGAGUCCCCUUUCGUAUCCAGGUGGACACUUUUACCACCAAUGAACACAGGGAAUACAUGGAGCACGUCCACUCUUCCAGCUGCCAGGUCAAAGUGUUCAAGCCUAAAGGAGCUGAUCGCAAACUGAAGACAGACAGGGAAAAGAUCGCUAAAAAGACGCCUCAAGACAGAGAAAAGUAUCAACUGUCCCACGAGACCACCGUGCUGAAAGAGUGUUCUCCUUGGCCUGAUGCUCUAAACUUCACCAACCACAGCAGCAGCAGCGCUCCAUCACCAGUCUACCACAGCUCCCCGACAUCCUGUAGUUUCACUGAUGGGAACUGUUCCCCAAACCAGCAGGGGGAGCUGCUCAUGCCCAGCUGCUCAGAUCACCUUCUGCCAUCGACCUCGCUGCAGGACACUCAGCAGUGGCUGCACCAUCACAGGUUCUCUCCUUUCUCACGGCUCUUCUCCAGCUUCUCAGGUGCUGAUCUGUUGAGGAUGAGCAAAGAAGAUUUGAUCCAGAUCUGUGGCCCUGCUGAUGGUAUCCGUCUUUUUAACACCAUGAAAGGAAGGUGUAUACAGCCCCGCCUGACUAUCUACGUGUGUCAGCAGCAGGCCAGAAAUCAAGCUCCCACCAAACCAGGCGGGGGAGACGUCUACCACGCUCUGUACCUGGAAGAGCUCACACUGCUGGACCUGUCUGAAAAGAUCGCCAUGCUGUACAGCAUCACUCCACAGCAAAUCACACACAUCUACAGACAAAACCCCUCCGGGAUUCAUGUGUUAGUGUCCGACGAGAUGGUUCAAAACUUUAAGGAAGAAACAAACUUCAUCCUCAGCACUACAAGGGACGGAAGCACAGACGGCUACCACGUCGUAUUGAAAUGACCAACAGCUGCUCUGCAGGUUCAACGUUUCAUCAGUGGAAGUGUGCGGAAUAUAUUUCAGUCAGUCAAAGAAGAAUUUCAGAGUUUGUAACUACAGCCCUUUUUUUCAGAAUCAGUCUGUAACGCAUGAGAAGUAACCCCCGAGGGUAAACAUAUUUAAUCAUGUCCAUUAAAAAAUGUGUUUUUCCAACUUA